UCAGUGCUGAUGUGUCCGUGAGUCUGACGCGUGAUGUGAGUCUGUCCCGUCUUGAACGCACCGGUGCCGGCUGCAGGCAUGAGAGACGCUUCCUCCGGUUUUUGAAGUCGUUUUUUGGUCGAGUUUAAAGAUGCAAAGGAGCCUGGAAGAGUUUGAGUGAUUUUAUUCCAGUGGAGAAGAUGCUGACAGACAUGAUCGUGGAGGAGGAAUUUGAGUUGAAGGAGGAGGAACCGUGGUACGACAAGCAAGACCUUGAACAUGACCUGCAGCUGGCGGCCGAGCUCGGGAAGACUCUGCUGGAGAGGAACAGGGAGCUGGAGCAGGGACUGCAGCAGAUGUACUCCACCAACCAGGAGCAGCUGCAGGAGAUCGAGUACCUGACGAAGCAGGUGGACCUCCUGCGGCAGGUCAACGACCAACAUGCUAAAGUCUACGAACAGCUUGACGUGUCGGCCCGAGAGCUGGAGCAGAGCAACCACAAGCUGGUUCUGGACAACCGGACCGCCCAGCAGAAGAUCCAGGGGCUGACUGAAACGGUGGAGCUGCUGCAGACUCAGGUGGAGGAGCUGCAGCAGCAGGUGGAGGAGAUGAAGCUGAGUCCUUGUCCGCCUCGAAUGCCUCCACACGGAGAGAGGUGGCCUCCACGCAGCACUCAGAGCGUGUCCUGUCUGCAGGAGCUGCAAAACAGGCACGAUGAUCCCGACAAACACUCGGACGACUCCGUCGCCGUGUCGUGGCACGAGGAGGAGCAGGCGUCGCUGCGUCACUCCCUCCGCGCCCUCCAGACUCAGUUCGCCACUGAGCGCGCUCGUAGGGAGGCGGCGGAACGAGAGGCCGAGAUCCUCGCCGGGGAAAAUGCGGCGCUGGAGCAGCAGCUGUCACAGAUGGAUGGAUAUCAGGCCAGAGUGUCUGAGCUGGAGCGUGAGGCUGAGGAGCUCCGUCAGCUCUGGAAACUGGAGUCGUCGAGCAGAUCCACGGGGCCCGACGUCCUCCACGGCCUCCUGCCCGACUCCAUGUUCCUCCACCCGGAGGAGGAGGCCGACGGAGAGGCCGCCGCGGCCAAAACCCCCGCGGUCCUGAAGCGCUGGGGCAGCGAGCGGCUCAUGAAGGUGACGCAGGCGCCCGGCUCUCCCAACAGGAUCUACGACCACGAGUGCUCGUGCGUGCGCCGGGCCGAGGUGGUGAAGUACCGCGGGAUCUCGCUGCUCAACGAGGUCGACGCCCAGUACAGUGCCUUGCAAGUGAAGUACGACGAGCUGCUGCGCCGCUGCCACCUGGGCCCCCAGGAGGACGAGCAGAGCCACAAGUCCGUCCAAACUGCAUCCGUCGUCGCCUCCGGUCCUGCUCCGACGGACGGGGAGGACUUUGAGGACGACGUCCAGCAGCCAGAGUACAAGGAACUUUUUAGGGAGAUUUUCUCCCGCAUUCAGAAAACCAAAGAGGACCUGAUUGAGAACAGGGGGAGAGUCUCAGGUGGUGAAGAGCUACCUAAAUUGAAUUAGAUAAUCUAAAUUAUAUAUAUAAAAAAAAUAAAUAAAUUAAAGACCAGCUGAAAUAUUAAUUAUUGUCUUCCAGUUACAGAGCAACUCUCUGGAGAGACUUAUUGUUUUGCCCAGAAAUGCUGAAUGGGGUUAAGAGAUGAGAGUGAUGCAGGAACAAGGAGGCUGAAACACCAUUGGCUCGUUUUUGCACAGAAACAGCAGUGCCUGACGCCGUCGUCUCGGCUGCACCGUCACUCUACCUCACUUUGUACGACCCACUUCACAAAUCAACCAUCUGCUCAAACAUUUCUGGGAAAUAAUCUGUUCUUUUCCGAAAGCUGGAGACACUUUAUUUUAUGGGUCCCGCAGUUUCCUGGAAGAAAAUUGUAAAGUUGUAAAUGUGAACCCACUGAAAAUAUCCUGGUAAAUAUUGAUUUGGAUCAAUUAUAGAAAAAUGGAGACGUUAUGCUGUUAAAUUUAAAUCAUACGUUUCGCCAUGAACGGUAAAUAACAUUUCCAAGUCUUGCUUUUGUGCAAAGCUUCAGAGCCACAGUUAUUGAAUUUUCACUCGUAUUUAUUCAUUAAUUAACUCUGUGGUCAAUUUAACGUAAAGCAUCAUUCAAAUUUAUGCAACAAAAUGGUUCUUAAAUCCAUAACUUACAGAGAAAUACAAGCAUCAAUUUAGACUCAAGUGUGAAGCCUGAUAAUUUCUUCACCAGCCGCUCAUUAACAACAUUUACGGAUCAAUAUAUCAUUGGAGUUGUUUAUGAACCCUCCUGGUGAAUACGGGGCCAAUAUUAACUCUGGGUUUUUGCUCCAGUUUUGGUCUCCUCCACCUGCUUUAGGUGCGAAACGCCUGAUCAGUUGCUCGGUAUUUGUUUCCGUCUGCUGUUUGAGGCUGAACAAGUGGAUGAACAGGCUGAAAACAAUCCUGUAAUGGCAAUCAAAGCAAUAAAGUUACCGGUUAGGCAGCUAAACAAUAAACCAAGUGCCGUAAAGGUGAAGAGGUUAAUUGUUUUAUAAAUUAAACUGCUCAAAGAAACUCAUUUCAAAUUCUCUAUUUUCCUGUAAUUAUACCAAAAUUAUAUUUUUCUCUUUUUUUUCCAGGAAACUUAAAAAUAAAAAUAAAAAUAAAUAAAAAAUCAGGGAAUCAGACCCAUAAAAUAGGAUUUAUUCACUGUAGCUGCUGUUUGCUUUUUGUUUUGUUUACUCCGCUGUUAUGAGCUCAUGUAAAUACUUUAUAAUUUAUUUUUUUGCAACUAUAUAUGCAUAUUUAAAAAAAAAACAAAAAAAUAAAUAAAUAAACGAACUCUUGGCGAUAGUUUUGCCUGCAAUGAAUGCAACUUUAUUUUGCUAAGGAGUUUGUUAUCAGAAGUAAAAGCUGGCGAUUCAAGGUGCUCAAAUAUUUGUAACAUAUCUGAAAUUAUACUUGAUUGUAGCGCGGUAGGCUGUGAGUGAAUGUUGUAGUAAAGGGAAGUUUAGCCAACAAAACUAAUAAUAAUAAUAAUCGGUAAUGUAACGUCUUCCCGAAGGUGGUGAUGAUUAGAAGCUUUUCCUCGCAGCACAUCUGUUGCUUUCGCUGCCUGAUGUUUGUGUCCUUGUUAAAGCUUAAACAAACGUAUUUGUUUGUAAAAUCACAUCGAGAUGCACUUUAGACUUGCAGGGGCAUUAUUUAUCAAUGCUCCUCUGACACUUUAUGUUUUCUGCUGUAUGUAGUUAAAGUGUGAUGUUACUCCUGCUCCUUAAAUCGUAAUGUAGACCUGAAUAAUCGGCAGUAUGUAUGUAUGUACGAUGUGUUUUUACCUGUUUCAUGAGUGGACCUCACGGUUGAUGUUACUGCUCUGAGACAUAAAACAUGAAGCAAGCCAA